GCAAAAAUCCCUAAAUUUUCCCUCAGCUCACACUACUCUCAUCUUCGACCUUCAAACGCAGAAAAGGGGCAGCCCUAUGCCUCCAUCUCCUCGCCCUUCUUCAAGCUGUCCAGCUGCCGUCGCUAUUGCGUCUGCUCCGCCGCCGUCCUCACUGCUCCAGCAUCGUAUCCACGGGUCUGUUCUGUCUCUGCGUCGCCGCGUUUCCGCCGCUGUUCAUCCUCUGUUCCGCCGCGCUCCAGUCCUCGUCUUCCCGUUCGAGUUCCUCAUCUGUGCUCCCUCUCCCUCGCGUGUUUGAGUUGCAGCCCUCGUUUGUUCUCCAUCUCCCUCAUCUGUUCGAGUUUGUACUCCAUCUCCCUCAGCUGUGAAAGGUCUGUUUCCCCUUCACCUGCAGAUAUUGGCCUACACUCAGGUUUGUUUCUAAGAGCCAACUCAUGUUUUCUGUGGCAUCAUAAUGGUAUUGAAGAGUAUCUAUGAGAAGAUCAUUGGUGCAACAUGUUCUUCUAAAAGCUCAGUUGAGACUAUAGAUAACAGUCAGGUGCCUGCUUCUUCGAAAGUAGUGUCUGGUGAAAGUAAGUAUCCUAAGGCUUCCUUGUGGUCAGGUUUUUUUCCAGCUGGUUUUUCGGUCUAUGAAACGUAUAAUGAACCAUCGUCUUCUGAAAAGAAAGCAGUUUAUUUUGGAAAUAGUGGGUGGGCAGCUGCUGUGAGGAAAGUUGUUAACAGCGGCUCGAUGAGGAGAUUUCAAGAACGUGUACUUGGGACAGGGAGGACUGAGAUUUCAAGUUCUGAUGGUGAUAUAUGGCUUCUAGGUGUCUGCCAUAAUAUUUCACAACAAGAAUCGACUGAAAAUGUAGAUACUAGUAACGAGUUUGCCGCAUUUGAGCAAGAUUUUUCUUCAAAAAUCCUAGUAACAUAUCGGAAGGGCUUUGAUCCUAUUGGAGAUUCAAAGUAUACUAGUGAUGUUAAUUGGGGAUGUAUGCUACGGAGCAGCCAGAUGCUUGUAGCUCAGGCAUUGCUCUUUCAUAAAUUAGGUAGAUCAUGGAGGAAAAAUAUUGAUGGGCCACUGGAUAAAGAAUAUAUUGAGAUCUUGCAAAGUUUUGGUGAUUCGGAGGCUUCUGCUUUCUCUAUUCACAAUCUCCUUCAAGCCGGUAAAGGUUAUGGCCUUGCUGUUGGAUCAUGGGUGGGCCCAUAUGCCAUGUGUCGAACAUGGGAAGUUCUAGUUCGUAACCAGAGGGAGACAGACAACCUUGUAGAGCAGCCACUUCCAAUGGCAAUUUAUGUUGUUUCUGGAGAUGAAGAUGGAGAACGUGGUGGAGCACCAGUUGUCUGCAUUGAAGAUGCAUCCAAACGCUGUUAUGACUUUUCAAGGGGCAAACUUGUUUGGAUGCCUCUGCUUUUAUUGGUUCCUCUGGUUCUUGGACUUGAUAAAAUCAAUCCAAGGUAUAUCCCAUUGUUGCAAUCAACUUUUAAAUUCCCCCAGAGCCUUGGUAUUUUGGGCGGUAAACCAGGUGCUUCAACAUAUCUUAUUGGUAUUCAGGGUAACUUGUCAUAUAGGUUGUACACUACUGCAUUGUGGCAAGAGCUACAUUAUUAUGUUUUAUAUGCUUUUCAGGUUGUUAAUAUCAAUGGGGAAUCCCAAGAGACUAGUACCUCCUCAUACCAUAGCAAUGUUAUCAGGCACAUACCCCUAGAUUCAAUUGACCCAUCCUUGGCUAUUGGAUUUUACUGCCGAGACAAAGAUGAUUUCGACGACUUCUGUUCCCGAGCUUCCAAGCUUGCUGAAGUAUCAAAUGGUGCCCCAUUAUUCACGGUAGCACAGUCUAGGGGAUUCUUACCGCAGGCCGCUAGUAACAAUGUGCUGGGUAGCAACACUGGAUUCCAAGACGAUGAUUCCGUAGUUAUGGACAUUGCCAACGAAGCAGGCAACAAUGAGGAUGAUUGGCAACUCCUGUAAUUCCAAAGUUGCCCAAGGUUGAUUUGAAGUAACGGGUUGAAAAAUUUGUUGUUUGAUUCUCAUGUGCCCAAGGCUAAUUUGCCAGUGUUGUUGAUGCGUAGUUAUGGGGGUUCCCUAUUCUCAAGAUAUGGUUGAAAAUAGGCUUUGUAGAAAAGUAAGUUAUAAUGAAUAUGAUUCUUUAGCUUAAUUUAUUUCCUCAUUUGUUGAUAUAGCUAACUAGGUAUUUGUUGUACAUUACACGGGGAGUUUCGUUCAUAUUUGUUGCUUGUACCUUUUUGUUGGCUAUGAGGUACAAAUUUGUAGUGCGGUUAUACUUUUGGACUAUCAAAUAAAUGGUAGAAAGUGGUUCAGAA